UGCGGUUCUUGGAGUGACACUCGACAUAUUAAUUUUAAAAACAAAUUAUUUAGAUUAAAUCCAUUUUAUUGUAUUGAUUAUUAAAUUCAAUCGUAACAACUUGUAUCAAUCAAUCAUUUAAAAUUUAAGAAUGCUCAUAAAAACGGAUGAAGAUUUUUGAAAGUAAAUAAUUAGUAAGUGACAAGAACGCGUUCGUUUUGUUUCUUAGCGAUUGUUAUGUGCUUUAUCAAAUAACGUUUGAAAGAUGGCUAGUCCGUCUCCUCAAAGUAGUCCAAUGCCACCGCCUCAAGCUCCGAGUCCUAUGGGACCACCUACUCAGAGUCCAGCACCACCACAAUCACCACACAGUCCAUACAAUCAGCAACAUGUUAAUGGACCGCCGCCGUCUCAUCCAACUGGAUCAGGACAAGCACCAAUGCCUAACCAUAUGCAGUCACCGGGUCCACCGCAUACAAUCGCUUCAAAUGUGAAUGGUCCGCCAGGAGUCUCUCAACAUCCCAAUAUGCCGCCGGGUAGCCAUCAAUUACCGUCACAUAUGGUAGGACCACACAUGUCGGGUCCUCCUGGUCAUCCUAUUGGUGCUGGAGGAACACAUCCUGGUCCUAAUGGACAUUCAAAUAUGCCUGGGGCAUCGCAGCAUCCAAACAUGCCUGGUCAAGGGCCACCUCAUGGAUAUAUUCCUCAUCAAAUUGGUCACAUGCCACCCAACCAAGCUCCUAUGGGCAUGGGAGGUGGACCCCCACCACCAGGAAGUGGUCCUCAGGGACCUCCAGGUCCACCUGGAAUGCCUUUGCCACUUGGAGGUCCUCCUCCUCAUGGUGCACAUCCACAAGGCAUGCCGCCAAUGCCUCCUCAUCAUAAUAUGAUGCCAGGUGGUUAUGGGCACGCAGCUCCAUCCCCCGGAGGGUCCUCUACACCACCGGGUGGCGCCUCCAGCGGCGCACCACCACCUGGGGCUCCCCAACAGCCCCCGACCGCACAAACACCGCCCCAUGGGUCGGCUCCACCACCUACUUCUUCGGCAAAUGGAGCCCCAUCAUCAUCUCCUAUGCAAGGCUCCUUACCAGCGUCAGGCCCGGACAACCUGAAUGCUUUACAACGCGCAAUCGAUUCAAUGGAGGAAAAAGGAAUGCAAGAAGAUCCUCGAUAUUCUCAAUUGUUAGCAAUACGGGCACGAAACAGCCCUCAUUUUUCAAAUGCACAACUGAAUCAAUUGAAGGCUCAGAUCGCUGCGUAUCGCAACUUAGCGCGCAAUCAACCUAUCACACAACAGAUAGCUAUGAUGGCAUCCGGCAAGCGCACGGGCGAUUCGCCUCCGGAAUGCCCAACACCCCCUGCGCAGCCGCCAUCCCCCUAUGGCGGAAGUGCAGGAGGAUCUCAGGGCUCCGGGCCCGGGCAAGGAGCGGGUGCGGGGCCGGGAGGCAAGGCCGCCGCAGCGGAGCCGGCGCGCGGCGGGGGCGGAGCACCCCCCACACCGCUACCGAUGACUGGCCAAAUGGCACCGCCGACGCAGCCCACGCCACCGCUUGUCAAUCCACCAAUGGUUGGUGGGGCGCCGGCGAUGCGCGGCGCGGCGCCGCUCCGGCCGGGCGCGCCGGUCGGGCCGGGCGGGCCGGGCGGGCCGGGCGCCCCGGGCGCGCCGGUCGCGCCUGCGGGCCAGCCGCCGCAGCCCGGCGUGCCCGCGCCCGGCGCCAAGCAGAACCGCGUCACCAGCAUACCCAAGCCGGUGGGGAUAGACCCGCUGCAAGUGCUCAAUGAGCGAGAGAAUAGGAUUGCAGCGCGUAUCGCUCAUCGUAUAGAAGUGCUAUCAAACUUGCCGGCUAACAUACCGGACGAUCUACGUCUCCAAGCUCAAAUUGAAUUGAGAGCUCUCCGUGUACUUAAUUUCCAAAAACAAUUACGCGCUGAGAUACUGGGCCAAGUACGUCGCGACACUACUUUAGAAACGGCUGUUAACAUUAAAGCGUACAAACGCACAAAGCGCCAGGGCUUAAGGGAAGCUCGAGCUACGGAGAAAUUGGAGAAACAACAGAAACUGGAAGCCGAGAGGAAACGUCGCCAGAAACACCAGGAAUUCUUACAAACUGUCCUUCAACAUGCGAAGGACUUCAAGGAGUACCAUCGCAACAACGUAGCGAAGCUGUCGCGCAUCAACAAGGGCAUCAUGAACUACCACGCGAACGCCGAGCGCGAACAGAAGAAGGAGCAAGAGCGUAUCGAGAAGGAACGUAUGCGACGUCUUAUGGCAGAAGACGAAGAGGGUUACCGAAAGCUCAUCGAUCAGAAGAAAGACAAGAGGUUAGCGUUCCUGCUCUCGCAGACCGACGAGUACAUCGCCAGCCUCACCGAGAUGGUCAAACAGCACAAGCAAGAACAGAGGAAGAAGCAACAAGAGGAAGAGCGUAGAAAAAGAAAAUCAAGAAAGAAGAAGGUACUCGAGGGUGGUGAAAUCGACGCAAUGGAUGAUAGCUCGCAAACGUCGGACUCGAGAGUCAGCGUCAUGGAUCCCAAGACUGGCGAGGUAUUGAAGGGAGAGGAAGCUCCAUUAUUGUCGCAGCUGAAGGACUGGAUGGACGCGCAUCCCGGCUGGGAGGUGCUCUCGGAUUCUGAUGACUCUGGUGACGACAGCCAAGAUGACGGUAAUGAACAUAGAAGCAGGCGAGAUAAGCACAAGGACGAGAAAAGCGACAGAGAGAAGACCGAGGAGGAGAAAGCGCGGGACAUGAUCAAAAAGGCGAAGGUGGAAGAUGACGAGUACAAGACGGAAGAACAAACGUACUACAGUAUCGCUCACACGGUCCACGAAUCGGUUACAGAGCAAGCCAGCAUCUUGGUGAAUGGAAAACUUAAAGAAUAUCAAAUUAAGGGUUUGGAAUGGUUGGUGUCCCUGUUCAAUAAUAACUUGAAUGGCAUUUUGGCGGACGAGAUGGGUCUCGGAAAAACAAUUCAAACGAUUGCUUUGGUCACAUAUCUCAUGGAGAAGAAGAAAGUCAAUGGACCUUUCCUUAUUAUCGUACCACUAAGUACACUAUCAAAUUGGGUGUUGGAAUUCGAGAAGUGGGCGCCGACGGUGCAGGUGGUGUCGUACAAGGGCUCGCCGCAGUCGCGCCGCCUCGUGCAGACGCAGAUGCGCUCCACCAAGUUCAACGUGCUGCUCACUACGUAUGAAUACGUUAUCAAGGACAAGGGUGUGCUCGCUAAGUUGCAAUGGAAGUACAUGAUAAUCGACGAAGGGCACCGCAUGAAGAACCACCACUGCAAGCUGACGCAGGUGCUGAACACGCACUACGUGGCGCCGCACCGGCUGCUGCUCACGGGCACGCCGCUUCAGAACAAGCUGCCCGAGCUGUGGGCGCUGCUCAACUUCCUGCUGCCGUCUAUAUUCAAGAGCUGCUCCACCUUCGAGCAGUGGUUUAAUGCGCCAUUCGCUACUACCGGGGAGAAGGUGGAGCUGAACGAAGAAGAAACAAUUCUUAUCAUCCGUCGUUUGCACAAAGUGUUGCGUCCUUUCCUUUUGCGGCGAUUAAAGAAGGAAGUGGAGAGCCAGCUGCCGGACAAGGUGGAGUACAUCAUCAAGUGCGACAUGAGUGGGCUGCAGCGCGUGCUCUAUAAACACAUGCAGUCCAAGGGUGUGCUACUAACGGACGGCUCGGAGAAGGGCAACAAGGGUAAGGGCGGGGCCAAGGCGCUCAUGAACACGAUCGUCCAGCUGCGCAAACUGUGCAACCACCCCUUCAUGUUCCCCCACAUUGAGGAGAAGUUCUGCGACCACGUGGGCACCGGCGGUGGGGUUGUGUCCGGACCGGAUCUAUACCGAGUGUCUGGGAAGUUCGAACUAUUGGAUCGCAUCCUGCCGAAGCUGAAGCAAACGGGGCACAGGGUGCUUGUGUUCUGUCAGAUGACACAGUGCAUGACUAUCAUCGAGGAUUAUCUGUCGUGGAGAGCUUUCCAAUAUUUGAGAUUGGAUGGUAUGACAAAAGCGGAGGACCGUGGUGAAUUACUGAAGAAGUUUAACGACGCUGACUCGGAAUACUUCAUCUUCUUGCUGUCGACGCGCGCGGGAGGUCUCGGCCUCAACUUGCAGAGCGCGGACACUGUCAUUAUCUUCGACUCCGAUUGGAAUCCACAUCAGGAUCUGCAAGCACAAGAUCGUGCCCAUCGUAUCGGUCAACGUAACGAAGUGAGAGUGUUGCGUUUGAUGACUGUCAACUCUGUGGAAGAAAGAAUCUUGGCUGCAGCACGAUACAAGUUAAACAUGGACGAAAAAGUUAUCCAAGCUGGUAUGUUCGAUCAGAAGUCCACGGGCUCUGAACGACAGCAAUUCCUGCAAAGUAUUCUACACCAAGAUGGCGACGAUGAAGAGGAAGAGAAUGAAGUGCCGGACGAUGAUCUCAUCAACGAGAUGAUAGCUCGUUCAGAAGAGGAGUUAGAAAUCUUCAAGCAAAUAGAUCUGGAGCGCAAGAAGACGGAGACGCAGUCGCGGCUGAUCGACGAGUCGGAGCUGCCCGACUGGCUGGUCAAGGAUGACGAUGAAGUUGUGUGCAGCAAGGGACAAGGCUGGAACUACCCCGACGAGGACGAGAUGCUGGGUCGCGGCUCUCGGCAACGCAAGGAGGUGGACUACACCGACUCGCUGACUGAGAAGGAGUGGCUCAAGGCGAUCGACGACGAGUUCGAGGAAGAGGAAGAAGACGAUGACGACGAUGAAGUGCUUGAUAAGAAGAGAAAGAAGGGUCGCAAGAGACGACGCCAAGAAGAUUCGGAUGAAGAAGAGGUGCCUAGCUCUUCUAAGAAAAAGAGUAAAACGGAAAUUAAUCAAUUGAAGAAGCGUUUGAAAAACAUAAUGAAAAAAGUUAUUGAUCAUACAGAUGAAAACGGCCGAGUGCUAUCAGAACCGUUCAUGAAACUCCCAUCGCGUAGAGAGUUGCCCGAUUAUUACGAGGUCAUCAAGAAACCGCUCGAUAUCAAGAAGAUAAUGAAUAGGAUAGAAGAUGGAAAGUACAACGACAUAACUGAUCUGGAGCGCGACUUCUUCACGUUAUGCGCGAACGCUCAAACAUACAACGAGGAAGCGUCGCUCAUAUACGAGGACUCGGUGCGCCUGCGCAACGUGUUCAUCGAGAUACGGCGCCGCUACGAGAGCGGCCAGAAUUCUGAUGACUCGGACGACAAUGAUAAAGAUGAAGAUGACUCAGACGGCGAAUCAAAUCGUUCCGUGAAAAUGAAAAUCAAACUGGGAAAGGGAAAAAGCAAAGGGACGCCCAGAAAACGUAAACCGCGUAAAUACAUCUCUGAUGAUGAGGAUUACGAGGAAGAUUAAUAUCUCUAUAGAUUAGUCCUUUAACUUAUAAGUCAGUGUUUAGAAUAAUUGCUUAAUAGCUCUUUUAUGGACAAUUGCUAGAUUUUAAGAAUUAACCCAAUGUUUUAUAUUAUCUUGAUAUUCUGGUAUUUCCAUUGCGGAUACAUUUAAUAUACAAUGACAGUCUCAUGUGACAUUAUUUUUGUUUUAAUUAAACUGGAAUUCGACGGAUCCUAACUGGAGGAUCCUAUCUGAGAGUUAUGCUGGUUGACUAGCUUCAUUUUCGCACUGGAAUUAUUACUGCUUUAUGAUGUUAUUUUAACCCCCCAGAUCACGAAUACCAACUGUACCACUUGUAUCUGUUAUCGUCAUAACUAGUUGUAACAAAGGCAAUUAGUUACAAUUAGUUCUUACCAGUAAAAACGCGUUGUAGCGAAAAACGGGGUUUUAACUGCUACUUAAUAUCCAUUUUCAUAAAGCAUUUUUUUCAAACAGCUGGCAAACUGUGUUUACUUGCAUUUUCGCUUUUCCCUGCCAAAAUACAAUAAAAAAAUCAGAAAUUGUAGUUGUUGUGCAAGGUUAUGGUAUCAAAUAGAAUGUUUUGUUAGACUACACAUUAUUGCCAUCAUAUACACUUCCGCUUCAUCCCUUAACUAAAAUCGUCAAAUAAUAUUAAUAGGUUUUCUAGGGAAGUAUUAUUAUAUAGUUAGACUUAAAAAACUUUAAAUUUUAAAAUAUUUGUGCAUGUAUUUUAAGACAUUAUGAAAUUAAUUUAAAAUUUUAAUUUUCUCAAUUGAAUAAUUAACCAUAUAAUGAUGUGUAAUGGAUUCAUAAAUGAAACACAUUAUCAUACAAA